AUGGCAAGGGCUGCAUCCACGGAGAGCUCCAUUGCCGAUAUAUUCUUCAAGAUACCAAAGCAUAGCUUCAAGAUCCACACUUCUUCCUCCCCCAACUCUCAUUCACCUUCAUAUUCUUCCUCUUUUCCCACCCUCAUUCCCACGGUCGGACUCUCAUCCAACGACUCGGCAUUCAUCCGUACAAGCUGCAACACAACUCUGUACCUUGACCUCCGAUACACCUCCAUGUCCCGCUUCGCCAGAGUCGUCCAGGACAACCUGACUCGGCUCGCCAAGGUAGCCAUCAGCGUCAACCUCGCUAGGAUGCACCAACUUAGUUCCACUGCAAACUCAAGAGGCGAAUCCUCGUCGUUCCGAUUCCAGAUGAGCAACGUCCAGAUGUGGAUGAGCACCGCACUUACCAACGAGGAGACUUGGACGGACGGGUUUGAUGUCGUGGAGAGAAUGCGUUGA